UGUGUGUGUCUGUAUUCUGGCCACGCCCAACGAGCUAGACCGUCACGCUGGGUGGAAGCACAGCUCUCGAGACGACAGAGUCUGUGUAAGUCAGCAGUCAUCUACGGUUCGCCUCGUCCUCCAUGAAGGUGCUGUUGCUAGUCGACUAUCAGGGCUAAAUGUUUGCCUCACUCCACUAAAAUACGGCCGAGGAAAAACAAUACUUUGUUGGGUUUUUUUUUUUUUUACUUUCCUCUUUUGUGGUCGGGGGAGACAUCGGGCUCCUUUGGCGAGUGAUCCGAACCGAAGGAGUUUGUGUUGGGAUUCUAAGCCGCCAUAAAAUAAGCUAAGGUAAGUGUCACGAAGUCAGCUAAUGUAGCUGUCACAAUGUAAGAUCAUGUAAGUGUCACGAAGUAAACUAAGGUACGUGGGUGUCACAAACUAAGCAAAGUGUCACAAAUAAGAAAGUAAAGGCUCCUGAAGUAAAAGUAUUUACUGAUUUGAAAUGUUCUCAGGGCACACGCUACCUUUAAAGGCGAUUUGGGUCUCCUGUGUGGCGUAAAAAAGAAACUGCAUAUUUACAUGCACAAGAAAGGCCAUGAUUGCUUAAAUAGAUUGAAAACCACCUUGUAAAAUGCACGUGAACACCUUUGAUUCAGUAUGUGCAUUGACCAGGGGUGUCCAACCUGUAGAAUGUACGGGACGUUCUAAAAAAUAUAAUUUAGCAAGAAAUCUAAAAGAAACGACAACAGCAAAAAUGGGAAAAUCAGCAGUAGUUUUAGAAGAGUAAAGUCGAAAUAUUCAGAGGAAAACAAUUUAAACUAAUGAGAAAAAGUUGUAAUUUUACAAGAAUAAGGUAAUAUUAUGAGGAAAAAUAAUGUCAUUUUAGUAGCAUAAUGUUUAAAUAUUUUUUUUAAAGUAUGUAUUUUUUAUUAAGUCAUAAUAUUGUGAAAAACAAAAUAAAGUUGCAAUUUUGGGAAAAUUAGGUUUGGAAAAAAGAUUAUGAUAAGAAUAAAGUGAAAAUAUUAUGGGAAUAAAGUCAUAAUUACAAGAAGAACAUUUGUCAGCUAGAAAAUUCGGAAAAUGCAAAAAAAAAAAAAAAAAACAGCAAAGAUGGAAAAAAAGAGGGCAAAGAGGAAAUGCAAUACUAAUAAUAUGCUUUUUUACAUUUAUCACAAAGCUGAGGUGCAGUUUUUUUCUUCUUAGCAUAUCUACAUGUGUUGGUUUACAAAAUAUCAUAGUGCCCUUUCAUCCUGUCAUUUUUCAGUAUGUGGCUCUCGAUGGAAAAGGUUUGGACACCCCUGGUGUAGUUUAUAGUACAGUUAGAUUGGAAACCAGAAUCCUCUUGCAUGUAUACACGUCCAGCCUUUUGCUCUAGUAAAAGUACGGGUCCAAAAAUCUACUUAAGGAAAAGUAUAAACUGAUUUUAAAUGUACUCAAAGUAAAAGGUACCUUUUAAGGGGGGAGUCUUCUGUAUAGUGCAAAAACAAAAGGCAACACAUGCGUAAAGAGAAACUAAUUCUUGCAUAAAAUCGUCGAUUGAAAAAUGUUUUUUAAAAAGGUUUGAAGUCAGAUUAACUCAUGCAGACUAUUCCAUUGGAAAUACAUACUCUUCACCUGUGGUAGUAAAAGUAAAAAAAAAAAAUCUAAAUAUGUACCGGCCUGACUCACGGGGAAAAAGAGUAAUUGUUAUAUUAUGACUGAGCAUGGUGACGACUCAUUUUAACAAUCCAGCGUGAGGAAGCGUCUGCUUUCAUUUGUGAUUGCUCUUCUUCUUCCUUUUGAAGCCUCAUAUACUGUAACUCCAAGAUAACGCUUUAAUCGCAUGAAGAACAUUCUACACUGGUCAGCUGUAUUACCAUUGCUGGGAUUUGAUGACAAAGUCCAGUCAAAGCAGUGAGACGUUGAAAAGUCAGUUCAUUCUUUCUUUGCGUGUUUUGUUUGUUGUAAACAUGCUUUUGUUGUUUGAUAGUAGAUUUAAGUCCAACAUGUCUUUGGCUUCCUGUAGACCCAGAUCCAGUUUGCUAGAUCUAUUUUUGUCCACUUGAGUUUUGCUGUCAAACUGUACGUUAGUUGAUACAUUAUUCCUAUGCAAGUUCCUCAUGAAUGUCGAGAAAUUCCGUUGCUCAGCUGAAAGCAAUUCAUUGCAAAAAUAUAAUCAUCAAAUACAUGGGCAAUUUUGUAAUAAUAUAAUGAGGUUAUAUUCAAAUUUCUAUUCAUAUACAGUAUAUGGGCAGUUACAAGUGGCCCUCUGAGGACAGUUAUAACUGCCAUGUGGCCGUCAAUGAAAACGAGUUUGACACCCCUGCACUACAGCGUUGUAGUAUAAACGCUCGUCUCUCAGCCUUUAUGCUCGUUACUGAGGGUGUUUAGGAAUCGGUGGCAAAAAACGUUGCUCCCAAGUUAUGAACUGAACUAGCCAGUCUGAUAACCUUCUCGGGCCCAUUUUGGCCUGCAGGCCACCAGUUGAAUAGCUCUGCUCUGUUGUGUAGAAGUUGUUAUGCCUUAUAGCCUGUGAUGCAAGCUACAUUGGAUAAAAACAUACUGAUCAAUGUCAAUUUUUAGUGCUUUUGCAGGGCCGCUAGGGAUGUUGUGUGUUUCUAUGGGUCAAGCUUGUUAAAGAUCCACUUAGCUGCUCAUGUGCAGUGUCAUGUUGCCCGAAGGCGGAGAUGUGAUCAGUUUUGAUGCUGUUUCAGAGCGCCUACAUUAAAACUGACACUGUAUGAUGGUAUUCUCUUCUAGCUGAAACACAACACGCUGCCUUUUGUCUUUGCAACUUCACAGCGUCGAACACAAAUGUCGUCAUCAGCCAGGAAACAUUCUGCUUUUUUCCCCAACAGCUGUCAGCAUCCUCGCCAGCUCAAGGGUUGAAGCUCACUCAGCCGCCCCCCCCCCGCCUCGACCCUGUUGGCUGCUCUGCUGCGCAGGGCACAGCUAAGUAUGGGGUAAGAGACCUGAGAGGCAACAUUACAGCGAGCACUCAGCAGCACAGGUCAUGGCGGUGCUGCGGAUGAGGCUGAAGGUUGUGGUGAUGGUGAUGAUGGUGAACCUCUUCAUCUUCAUCCUAGUCUCCCGUCACGGCAGCCGGGACAAGAACGACCGCUUGAAGGUCAUCGUCUCGAAGUCGUUCUGGAACAAAAUGGUGCCCAGUGCGGCUUACUGGAACCGCCAGCAGCAGGUAUUGGACUUUUGGAACAACCCCAUCCUGUCCAAUCACAGCCAGGGGGGCUUGCCAGACUGGCUCAACGGCACCCAGGUGGACUUGGACCCCUGUCGGCCCAAUUUCAGGGUUAGCACUCAGGUGAAAGACUACAACUCUUUGCCCGAGCGUUUCAAGGACUUCCUGCUUUACAUGCGCUGCCGCUCGUACCCCAUCCUGGUAGACCAGCCCGACAUCUGCAAGAAGCCCCCCUUCCUGCUUCUGGCCGUUAAAUCGCUGGCGCUGCAUUUCGACCGUCGCCAGGCCAUCCGCCAGUCGUGGGGGCGGGCAGGCGUUGUGGGCAAUCGCACCGUGGUCACCGUCUUUCUCCUGGGCCAAGCCACAGCAGGAGACGACUAUCCGGAUGUGUCGGAGAUGCUGUCGUACGAGAGCGCCCGCCACCGGGACAUCCUCCAGUGGGAUUAUCGGGAUUCCUUCUUUAACUUGACCAUCAAGGAGGUUCUGUUCCUGGACUGGAUUCAGACGCGCUGUCCUGACGCCAGCUUCAUCUUCAAAGGCGACGAUGACGUCUUCGUCAACACCUACAGCAUGCUGAGCUUUCUUGACCACCUGUCAGAGCCCAAAGCCACCGACCUUUUUGUGGGCGACGUCAUCACCAAUGCGGGGCCACACCGGGACAAGAAGGUGAAGUACUUCAUCCCGGAGAGCAUGUACACAGGCUCCUACCCGCCUUACGCGGGGGGCGGAGGCUACCUCUACUCCAGGAGCGUGGCCGCUCGUCUGCACGCGGCUUCCCACCGCGUGGCGCUCUACCCGAUAGAUGACGUCUACACAGGCAUGUGCCUGCUUAAGGUGGGGCUGGCCCCUGAGAAACACAAGGGCUUCAGGACCUUCAACAUCGAGGAGAAGUACAGGAACAACCCCUGCGCCUACAAAAGCCUCAUGCUCGUUCACCCGAGGACGCCGCAGGAGAUGAUGCGGAUCUGGUCCUGGCUCAGCCAGCCGGACCUCAGCUGUCAGUGAGCGUCGCCCGGCUCAGAGCGGAACGCUUGCAAAAGGUCAAACUAUUAAAUGGAGCAGGGUCAGGACUUUUAAAGAUGGCAGCUUGAAGCUGUUAGUAUUUUAAAUUUCUGCUUUGCUGUACAAAGCGUUUCUCUUUGUGCGCGCACAUAUUUAUAUCUCAACUAUUUAUAUGUAACGCUUUAACACUGUCAGCUCCACAAGGGGGCGCCCAAAUGCUGUAUUAUUGUUUUUUUAGGUAAGAAACCAAGUCCGUGUUGUUACUGCGGUGAUUUCCCGGAACCCCAAAAUACGAUUCCCGACAUUAGGAACAUCUCAUACACAUUAUUUUGGAAUGGAAACUAUUAGACUUGUUGGAAGAACCUUACUCCUGAUUUCUGUCUCAUGGGCCAUCCGGGGAAUCGGGAGGGCUGUUAUUUCAGUCACUGAUGGCGGCAGUGGCGGUCAGGGGUAAAAUGUGGGGGGUCUGUCUUAUUUCAAAGUCAGCACUCGUUGGAAACACGUUCUCAUGGCUGGAGGCUACUGUCGUGCUGCUAGUCCCGCCAGACUCCUUGUAGUAUUUACAGUACGUGGGACUCUCUCUCGGAGACCAACCGCUUCGCUCCUCUUGACCGUCUCGCUCUUGUUCAAAACACAUGAAAAUGCUGUGGGACGUUAGCCUCAAGUGCUGUUUGUGAGCGUGUGUGUCCUUCCAUGAGGCCACAGUCAUGUGAUGGAUCCAUGUUACUGAAAAGGAACAUUGUGGAGGAAAGUUUGUUUGUUUUUAUUCCCAAAGGUCAGGAAAGCAUGAACAGUACUAAGCUCAAAAUUAUUCAUACUUCUUUUUCCUUUACUUUGUAUUGGAGGAUAUAUUGAUCACACCAGAAAUGAAUAAGACAUUUAAUCAUGGCCAUAUAUGUUUUUGCUUUUCUGCUAAUGAACAUUUCAUGUUUAGAAGUAAACGUCACGGCUUUCAUUAUUUAUUUUAAAUUCUGACAUAAAGUUCACCUCCAAAAUGAUUCACAGUCUUUGGCAAUGCAUGCCUGUGCAGUGUUCCACAUGUGUCCUUAACCACGGCGCUCUAACUCUUUUUUUUCCACCAAGUAUGACCUCAGAAGUAUUUUGCGUUGCAAGUCCAGUACCAGCACCUGCUUUAGCCUGGAAUGUGUGGCUACUGUUUGGCUAGCUGUGUACGAAGUGAGUUUGAAGAGAUUUCAAUUUUAGUGACUGUUUGGUUUUUUUUUUUUUUUUUAAACAAUUAUUUCAUGUGCAUGUCUCUAAUAUAAUUCAUUUUUAUAUUUUUUUUAAAAAUCUCUGAUGUUCCUGUGAGAAAGGGCUCGCGUACCACAGUUUUGAAUGAGUCUCUACAAUAUGAAUGAUUUUUUUUUUAAGCACAUCUUUUAACACAACCUCUUAAAGUCUUCUUCAAAUACAAAUAAACUUGAAUGCAAAAGAUUUCCAGGUAAUGAAUCAUUUUGGGCUUAAAUGUACUGUGUAUCCAUUUUGUUUGAAUUUUGUUUUAUCAAUAAAAAAAAUCAGUUUCCUAUUCCCGAAAAAACUAAAAAAAAAAAAAAAAAAAAGCCACAACCUGACUUUUUGAAAACAAAAAAGUUUAAAU